AGAAUUGAUGCGUGUGUCUCGCGCUCUGGUGUGUAUGACGGUCGGACUUGUUCCUUUUCUGAAUCCCUUUUCUUGGAAGCCUCCCCUCGUCUGCGUUUUUCUUGGACGCAAAGCGAAAAAACUCCACGGUUCGAGCUCUCUUUUUCCUCUUGUCUGUGUCUCUGCGACCUUUCUCCAAGAACGCAUUUCCGCAGAAAAGCACCAGAACAUGCAAAACUAUCGAAAAAUCUCGCGGAAAAUCACCGCAGCUCGCCCUCAAAAUGAAGAGAAGAAAAACCUGCGAAAACAGUGCAGCCACACUGUGGGCCUCCAUCGUCUUCCUCUCUCUCUUUCCACUUCUCUUUGCAGAAACGAAAGUCCUCCAGCGGUCGUCCAGCCAUCGCUUCUCUCUCGCUGACCUCUCACAGUCUCCUGGACGGCCUCACAGCGGACCUCCUUCGCCUCAACCGUCCUCCCUGUCUCCCUCUCCUCCUGCGGCGCCUUCCUCUUCUCUCUCUUCUUCCCUUUGUGCUGCUUCUCCUUCUCCUGUCUCUUCCCCAGUUUUUCGCGCUUCGCGGCCUUCCCUAGCGUUUCUCUCAGCUCGGCGUACCUCGCGACUCAGCGCUUCCGACGAGGACGGAGAAACGGUCGUCUCCGUAUUGGAGUGGACAGAAGCGCCUGGAGAGCGCAGCGAGCUCCGAGGAGAGAAGGAAAGUUCGGAGGAAGACUGCGCAGGAGCGAAACACCCUCUCGUCGGCCUCAUGGACGUGUAUAACGCAUAUCCAAUAUGGAAACUGAAACUUGGUAGCGAACGCCGCGCGGCGUCACCGGCUUCUCCGUCUGUCGGUUCUGCUCCUUCUCCUUCUUUUUCUUUGCGUCUUUCGUCACCCGCACAGAGGCGGUGCGUUGCCUGGCCUUCGGUGGUGUGGUUGAGGGGAGACGCUCCGACGGACGAAGCUGCGGGAGACGGGAGGUCGUCUCGCGGGAGAGCAGGGCGGCUUCUCUCCUCGCUUUUCUGCAGAAGAUCUGCUGGAGCAGGACGACGUCUGCGAAUUGUGAAACCACACGUUCAAGGCCUCUACAACAGCCUCCUUGGAUCGAAGCGCCUCGCCAUGGACGUCUCCCUCACGGCUCGAGGCGACAUUCUCUUCACUCUGAGACGCGAAGGAUUCUUCAAACGACUCUUCUCCAAUCUCUACUAACAACGCAGCAGAGCGAGGAGACGAGGUGAAAAGACUCACAGGCAAGAAGAAGAGAGAAGGGAGAGAAGAGAGAAGAGAGAGGGAGAAGAAGCGAGAUGAGGGAGGCAGAGAAGAGAUGAAAAACCGCGUGAGCCACGAGAGAGAGGACCUAUCGCAAACUCUUCGCCUUUUCUUAACGUUGUGACGAAGAACGCAUGCCGUGCAUUUUUUUAAACCUCUGGUUUCAGUUCCUCUUUUCGUCGAAGUGUGGAUCUCUCUGUGAUGUUUUAUUCGCCUCUCUCGCUGAGCUCUGCUGCGUCCGUAUGUCUACGUUUCUCGCCUCCUCCGGAUCGCCUGGGGUCCCCACUGGCUCGUGUCAUCUCGAGGAAAAGCAGUUCUUUCUCCUUGUGUCAUGCUUCGAACCGCGACGCAUGAGACUCGAAGCAAGUACUGAAUAUCCACCUUUUCUAACUUCGUUUAAAACGCGAGAAAGCAUGAAGACACUGAAUCGGCCGCGAGACGGUCUCGAGGACCAUAUGCAGAGCCCAGGCGCUCUGCGGGCGCUGUUCCAGACAGCGAGCUCAGCUUGAACAGUGCUCAUGCUUCAAGAGUUGAAAGAUGAAGGAAGGCCUGAGGCUUCCCUGCGUCGGCUGCAGAGGCGCAAAACUCACGACCAGCUGACUGAUGUCGGCGCCUGGUCAUCAGGAGCUCCACCUCUAAAAAGCAUGUAAAUUGACAUACACAUGUAAACCCGAAGCACCGAAGGCACCGCUCUAUAUCACACUCCCGCGCAAAUCCAUUUACUUAUACAUAUAUAUAUAUAUAUAUAUAUAUAUGAGCAUAUGAGCAGCGACAUGCUGAACAGUGUCCGCAUGUAUAGAUAUGCACAUACGUAUACGUAUAACUCUAACUGCACACGGGGACGCUGCUCUGAAAUCCCGACCACGAACGCAGAUGAUUCCUUCGUUUGGAAAUCCAGAC